AUGUUCUAAAACAAUCCUCACUGCCGAACUUCUUGCCUAAAUAUCAUGACUACAAUGGUGGAGCUCGAAAGCUGGCUGAUUUAUCAAUAUGUGACUACCGAAUGUAGCAAUUGCUUGUGACCGUUGGGUGGCUUUUUAUUUCUCUCGGAAAGGUCUUAAAUGUUGGAUACAAUUAUGAUGGAAAGUGCUUUCAAAGCCAGGGAUAUAGGGCUGAGAGCUCAGAAGAAAAUUCUCUCUCGCAUGGCAGGGAAGAAUAUCGCCAAGGUUUUCAUCGAUGACGCUACGUCUUCACUACUAGACAACUUAUACCGUCUUGCAAAACAAUAUUCAAACAACAAGAAAGAAGCUGAAAAAUUAAUCAAGAACAUCAUAAAAGUGGUGAUAAAACUGGGUGUUUUGCAUCGAAACAAUAUGUUGUCAGAAGAAGAGAUAAAACAAGCGGAAAAGUUCAAAGCGAAAUUUCGUAUUGCAGGAAUGGCCAUCAUUUCAUUUUAUGAGGUUGAUUUCAGCUAUGACCGCAAUUAUAUUGUACAAGCCCUAAAUGAAAGCCAGAAGUGCCUUGAAAUUAUAGUAUCAAAACAUUUGACAGACAAGUCUCUUUCACGAAUUGAAAGUGUCUUCUCAUUCUUCGGAAAUGAUCAAUUCCUGGAUGCAAUGUUCAAAAGGGAUUCAGAGUACAGAGAAGCACUCGGCAGAGUUGUGAGUGAUCUCAAUAAAGCCAUCGAGAAUGGAGAUCUUUAGUCCUUCUACUUGUGAUUUAUAUGUGAUUGUUUUGUAUUAUGUAGGUAUUUGUGAAUUUUUUUUAAAGUUUCCGUUUAUGUUACUUAGAUAUAUAGAAAAAGAUUUUUUCUUCAGCACGAAAUGAAUCAUAAUGCAUUGAUAAAAGGACAGACAUAUUCGUCAGAAUUUGAGUAGCACUUGAGAACAUUAACGUUAAUUGUUCACCUUUUAGUAAUUCUCUACGAUUCAAAAUUAGUAGCAAUAUUAUUUCGAAUAUGCUCAAAAUUGUUUAUUGAGGUUGAUAAUAAAAAUGGCGUGUACAUAUGAAAGAUAUAACAUAUCUUGAUUUACGUUAUUGUUGCAUGAAUAUUUAGAAAUAGAAUAUUUUUGCACUGGAACAUAUAAAAUUUCUAAAAUUGUCCUAAGAGCAACUCUCUUUAAGUACCUUCUAACUUAAAAAGUUUAAAUUUACACUCAAGUUCAAAGAAUUCUCUUAGGUUUUACGAAAUAAUUUGCUUAAAUAAUUAGGAUAUUAACUGACUGAAUUCAUAUAUCUACCACAUGACAGAUAUUAUACUAUAUUUAUUUAUAAAUUCACCAAAAUUAUUCAUUAAGAGACAUCAUGACAUGGUAUUAAUGGAUAUAAUUCCAUAAUCAGUAUGUAUAAUCAAUAAUCUACUUCUUAUUGUUUAACGAAAUAUUGUCUUGCCGAAACUAAUGGUUAUAUUCAAAUUUCUAGACUAUUUCUGUAAGGCCAACUAUUUUUGACCCAAAGAAAAAUCGAAAGUGACUUCAUAAUUCAGAAUUGACAAAAUUUUCCAAAAGUUAAUAAUCUGUAACAUCAAAGAGAUUGAUUGAACAAUUGACAAAAAGAUAUUUCAAUAAAAAAGAGGUGAGAGAAGUCAAAAUGGCAAUGCACUUCCAAG